GCUUAGUUGUUAAAUUCAAUCGCAUCUUUUUUUUUUGUGAGAUUACAAUCUGCAUCCAGCUUUCCUUCCUUUGUGUAUCCAAAUUCCAAGCAAGAAGAAAUAUGAAAAAUGGCUUAUAAUCUUCAACCACUCAUCACCAUUCUUGAAGGAAUUCUUGAUCCUCACCAAUCACGAUGGAUUGUUCAUGAAAACAACCCUCAAUUCAAAUCCAUCCUCAAUAAAGCUACUUCUCUUCAACAGCUCCUUGAUAGUAACUCUUCAUUCACCAAACUAGACACCCAAAUCAGAGAAGUAGCACAUCGAGCUGAAGACAUCAUUGAAUCCCGCAUGGUUCAUCAAAUGAAAUCCGGAUGUGAUUCCGCCAUAUUCACUUUUACCACACCAGAUCUGCAGCAAGUAAUACGAGAUCUUGAUUCUCUUAUGGAGCAAGCGGAGAAGCUCAUGGAGAUGGACGAUGACAAGAUGCUUCGACAACUUGAUUCUGCUAUGGAACAAGUGAAACUCCUGGAUCAGAAGAUGCCGCAUAGCAGUUCAUCGAUCUCCAAGAACGCUGUGAUGGUGGGAAUUGAUGAAGAUCUGAUGCAGCUCAAGGAUCGGCUCACCUGUAUGGAGAAGAAGCUGGAGAUCGUCCCCAUCGUGGGUAUGGGGGGAAUAGGUAAAACAACUCUCGCUCGAAAGCUUUAUGAAGAUCCUUUGAUUGUUGAUCGCUUUGAUUAUCGUGCUUGGGCAACUGUGUCACAAGAUUACAAUAUGCCACAAAUUCUCAAAAGCCUUCUUCGUUGCACAACUAGACAAGACUUUGAUCAACAUAUUGAUGAGUUAAAAGUCAUGUUGCAUAAGAGCUUGUUCAGUAGAAGGUACUUGAUUGUAUUAGAUGAUAUAUGGAGCCCAAAAUUAUGGGAUGAGAUAAGGAUGUACUUUCCAGACAACAACAACGGGAGUCGUAUUGUCAUCACCACUAGAGAAUCUGAUGUGGUGAACUGUGCUAGCUCUUCGAGUCAGCAGCAUCAGGUGCGAUUGCUUAGCAAGUUGGAAAGUUGGAAUCUGUUCCGCCAACUUGUGUUUGGAGAAGAGGAUUGCCCUCUUGUAUUACAAGAGAUUGGUCGAAAGAUCGCCAAGGAUUGCGGUGGGCUUCCUCUAGCCAUCAGUGUGAUUGGAGGAUUGAUAUCUAAGAUGGAAAGAGCAAAAGAUGUUUGGAUGAAAAUUGGGGACAACGUAAUAGCAACAAUUGCGGAAUCGAACAAGCAAUGCUACAAUAUAUUGUCUUUAAGUUAUAAGCACUUGCCGAAUCACUUAAAACCAUGUUUUUUAUACAUGGGGGCUUUCCCUGAAGACUACGAGAUUAAAGGCUCCAGACUCGUACGUUUGUGGAUUGCAGAGGGAUUUAUAAAAUCAAAUGUGGAAAGAAGUUUGGAGGAAGAGGCUAAGGAUUGGCUAAAGUCUCUAAUAGAUAGAAAUCUAUUUCUGGUUAGAAGAUACAAGAACAAUGGAAAACCAGAGAGUUACAGCAUGCAUGAUAUGUUGAGGGAUCUAUGCAUUAAGAAAUAUGGCAAAGGCAUGUUUCUAAAUGGUCCCAACAAGUUCACAUUCUCUAAUCCACGUCGCGUGAGUUUGCACACCAAGUUUGAAUCGGAAAUUGUUAACGAUUCAACAGAGUCAAUGUCACUAACUCGAUCUGUUUUAUGCAUUGAUUUUCGGAGUGUUGAGUUUUCAUCUGGUGCAGUUUUUGCGGCAAGAUUGCUAAGGGUGUUGGACUUGGAUAUGCGUAUGCAAAGGUUCUCAACUGAAAUAUUAGAACUUGUCAACCUACGCUUCUUACGUGUCAACCUAUGCUACUUAGGUAAUCAACGCAUUUCAAGUAUACCGGAAGGAAUAUCAAGAUUGUGGAAUUUGCAGACCUUGAUCGCUCCUUUUUGCAAGUUUGAUGAGCCAGCUGAGCUAUGGAAGCUCUCUGAGUUAAGAUAUCUCAAUGUGAAUGGAAUUGAGUUGUUAAAAGAUGAGGAAAUGAACUAUAGUGUCUUGAAGAAGUUGGAAAGGAUUUUAUCUGAUAUACAACUUAAAAAGGAGGCAACAAGUUGGGAUGGUUUCCUCAAAAGCAUUCCAAAUAUCAAAGUGUUGUCAAUUAAGGAUGGCCUCCCAACUAUAUCGACAGUGAUUGAUCUUAGCCAUCUUCACAAGCUUGAAAAACUAAAAUGCUUUGAUAUGAGAAGUAUAUCCUCUCCCGACGGUUUUGGUCAUCGUUUGAGAGUGAUAUUUCCUUGUAAUAUUAGAAAACUAUAUCUGAAUGGAUGUAAAAUGAUUUUGGGAGCAUGGAGGACUCUGUGUACACUACAUAAGCUGGAAGUGCUCUGGAUGGCUUGCUGCAGUUUUAAAAGCGAGGAGGAGACAUGUGAUGAAGAGUGGGAGUUAGCAGAUGGAGAUGUGUUCUGUUCACUGCAGUUUCUAAAUCUUUAUGGCUGUAGUCUUGUGCGUUGGAUAGCCGAUGAGACCAAUUUCCCUAGACUCCGCCACCUCCAUUUACUUUUAUGCAAAAAUAUAGAGGAAAUCCCAAGCGGCAUUGGAGAGAUCCCAACACUCCAAUUAAUUGAGUUAAUAGGGUGCAGCAAAUCCACAGCGGCCUCAGCAGAAAGGAUUAAGGAGGAGCAAUAUGAAAAUGGAAACGACGAUCUCAAACUGAAUAUUCCUGGCACUUCCGAAAGUGAUGAUGAUGAUGAUGAUGACGACGACGACGACGACGACGAUGAUGACGACGACGACGAUGAUGAUGAAUCAAAUGGCCCCAACAAUGAGCAAACAUACAACUACAUCUGCCACUGUACAGCAACCCAUGGCAUAAUCUGUCCAAAAAGAAAUAAUGUGGCAGCUGAUUAUUGAAGACACAGGAGACGUCUACAUAAGGGUGAGAAGAUUGUCAGGGAGAAAAUGAUGGAAAACUAUCUAAAUGAUUGAAGACUAUAGCUUUAAAUAGACAUAUUGUGUGUACUUGUGAUGUUAAUUUUGGAAUGCCUCAUUUUUGUUUUAUUGUGUUUUAAUUUUGGAGUAUUUAGUUAUGAGUAUUAUAAGUUUGAUUGUGAGUAUAAGUUUGAUAAUACACUGAUCUGAGUGUUGUUCA